GCGCUCGCGGCUCGCUAGUGGGGUUCGGCGCUGGCGGGAGCGGACUCCGGCGAGGGAGAGCGCGCGCUGGGGCGGGGCAGGAGAAAGUGGCCGCCGGGAGGACACUGGCUCUGACGCGCGGCGGGGCGGAAGAGUUUUGCUUUGGGUCCGCGCCUUCGAACACUGACUGCCGUUGGUCUCCGGGUCUCCCCGGAGCCUCCUCGCCUCCGCCCGCGGCCCCGCGCCGAGCUCGCCGGCCCCAGCCAGCGUGGGCCAGGUGGAGAGCGCGCCCACCCCGCGCCCCGCGCCCGGAGCCGCCCCCCCGAGGAUCCCCAUGGCCACGCGGGUGCUGACCAUGAGCGCCCGCCUGGGCCCCGCGCCCCAGCCGCCAGCUUCACAGGACGAGCCCGUGUUCGCGCAGCUCAAGCCCGUGCUGGGCGCCGCGAACCCGGCCCGCGACGCGGCCCUCUUCCCCGGCGAGGAGCUGAAGCACCCGCACCACCACGCGCCGGCGCCACCCGCGCCCCCGCAGCCGCCCGCCGCCGGCCCGCGGCUGCCCCCGGAGGAGCUGGUCCAGACAAGAUGUGAAAUGGAGAAGUAUCUGACACCCCAGCUUCCUCCAGUUCCAAUAAUUCCAGAGCAUAAAAAGUAUAGACGAGACAGUGCCUCAGUCGUAGACCAGUUCUUCACUGACAGUGAAGGGUUACCUUACAGUAUCAACAUGAACGUCUUCCUCCCUGACAUCACUCACCUGAGAACUGGCCUCUACAAAUCCCAGAGACCGUGCGUAACACACAUCAAGACAGAACCUGUUGCCAUUUUCAGCCACCAGAGUGAAACGACUGCCCCUCCUCCGGCCCCGACCCAGGCCCUCCCCGAGUUCAACAGCAUAUUCACCUCACACCAGACCGCAGCUCCAGAGGUGAACAAUAUUUUCAUCAAACAAGAACUUCCUACACCAGAUCUGCAUCUUUCUGUCCCUCCCCAACAGGGCCACCUGUACCAGCUACUGAACACCCCGGAUCUAGACAUGCCCAGUUCUACAAACCAGACAGCGGUAAUGGACACCCUUAAUGUCUCUAUGUCAGCCGCCAUGGCAGGCCUUACCACACACACCUCCGCUGUUCCGCAGCCUGCGGUGAAGCAGUUCCAGGGCAUGCCCCCUUGCACAUACACAAUGCCAAGUCAGUUCCUUCCCCAGCAGGCCACUUACUUUCCCCCGUCACCACCAAGCUCAGAGCCUGGAAGUCCCGAUAGACAAGCAGAGAUGCUCCAGAAUCUAACCCCACCUCCAUCCUAUGCUGCUACAAUUGCUUCUAAACUGGCAAUCCACAAUCCAAAUUUACCUGCCAGUCUGCCAGUUAACUCGCAGAACAUCCAACCUGUCAGAUACAAUAGAAGGAGUAACCCUGAUUUGGAGAAACGCCGCAUCCACUACUGCGAUUAUCCUGGUUGCACAAAAGUUUAUACAAAGUCUUCUCAUUUAAAAGCUCACCUGAGAACUCAUACUGGUGAGAAGCCCUACAAGUGCACGUGGGAAGGCUGUGACUGGAGGUUCGCGAGGUCGGACGAGCUCACGCGCCACUACCGCAAGCACACGGGCGCCAAGCCCUUCCAGUGCGCCGUGUGCAACCGCAGCUUCUCGCGCUCCGACCACCUGGCACUGCACAUGAAGAGGCACCAGAACUGACCGCCGGGCCCACAGCGACCUGCCUCACUAUCACAACAGAGAAAGAAAAAACUGGAAAUGUAUAUUUUGUAUAUGUGAGAAAACAGGGAAUACAUUGUAUCAAUACCAAAGUGUUUGGUCAUUUUAAGAAUUGGGAAUGCUUGCUGUAAUGUACGUGGUUUCCCUCAAUCAAGCAGGUUUCAUCUCAUGCCAGGCAGCCGCACCUGGACAGGGGAGGCUGGGGUGAGGGCUGAGUGCUCAGACGGGCACCAGGUGACUGUGAAGGUGGCUGGCACCGGAGGAAGGACAGGUUAUGUGUCGAGAGUUCCUUAACAUGAGAUAAUUCCUUAGGUACCCAGUGUACCUGGCAGUUCACAAAUAGCCAUUGAACAAAUGUGUUUUUUCUUUUUAAAUAUAUAUGAGUUGCCUAUAUUUGCUAUUUGAAAUUUUGUAAAUAUGCAAAUCAGCUUUAUAGGUUUAUUAGAAGUUUUUUAGGAUUCUUUUUGGGGAAAAAAAAUCAUACUGCUUUUGAAAAUAACCAUGAAUACAUUUACAGUUAGAAUUUGUGGUAAGAUACCUCUCAAAACAUUACCAAAUUCAUUUCUUUAGGGGGAAGGAAUAAUCUUUCAAAUGAACUUUAAAAAGCAAAUUUCAUGCACUGAUUAAAAUAGGAUUAUUUUAAAUACAAGAGUUUUAUAUGAAUUGUAAACUGAGGAGCUUAAAGAUGGUUACAAUAUACAAAAGUGAAACCUCUUACGAUAAGCUAAACACAGUAUCAUUUUUAAAAAGAAGGACUUAAUGUAGUUUUCACAUGACAGCGCUGAACUUAAGAUGCAGUUUUCGUAUACUGAGAUGUUCACUUGUGCAGUUCUGUUGGUUAAAUGACAGUUCAUGUGGAUUUUGCAUGUAAUAUACAGUGAGACACAGUAAUUUGACCUAAAUUACAGUGCAGUUUAGUUAAUCUAUUGUUAAUACUGACUCAGUGUCUGCCUUUAAGUAUCAAUGGUAUGUUGGAAACUUAAGGAAGCAAGUGCUACAUAUAUGCAAUAUAAAAUAGUAAUGUGAUGCCGAUGCUGUUAACCAAAGGGCAGAAUAAUAAGCAAAAUGCCAAAAGGGGUCUUAAUUGAAAUGAAAACUUAAUUUUGUUUUUAAAAUAUUGUUUAUCUUUAUUUAUUUUGUGGUAAUAUAGCAAGUUUUUUUUUAGAAAACAAUUUUCAUAACUUGAUAAAUUAUAGUUUUGUUUGUUAGAAAAGUUGCUCUAAAAAUGUGUAAAUAGGUGACAAAUGGUGUAAAUAAUUUUGUAAGAGGCUUAAAAUGUUUAUACGUGGAAACAUACCUACAUAAAAAGCAUAAAUUGGUUGCUGUUUUGCUUCUUUUUCCCUCUUAUUUUUGUAUUGUGGUCAUUUCCUAUGCAAAUAAUGGAGCAAACAGCUGUAUAGUUGUAGAAUUUUUUGAGAGAAUGAGAUGUUUAUAUAUUAACGACAAUUUUUUUUGGAAAAUAAAAAGUGCCUAAAAGAA